AUAUCCUAGUUACGGCAAACAAACGGAAAAAUCUGUUGAAUAGAGAAUUAACCGUAUAUGCUUCUGAAGUGCAUUUAUUUAAAAAAUAAUCAUAUCUAUAUUAAUGAGUGAAAAAUGGACGAGUCGAAAGAUGAUUGCGGAACGAAGGCAUUUGUGAAAGGACUCACGUUGGGAGUGACUCGAAUACUGGAGAGUCUUCCAGGUGUUCAAGAUGUGAAAUUUGUCCCACGAGAGCCAGCAGAGAGACACAGGUUGCUGUCCUGGGAACAGAGGCAUAACUGCAUGCUACCUGAUGACCUCAAGGAUUUCUACCUCACCCUGGAUGGCUUUCAUCUUACUUGGAGUGCAAAAUUUGAAGGCAUUUCUGUCCCUGUAGGCUCAAUGGUGAUAAACAGUUUAUCUUAUCUGAAGUUUCUUAGUGAGAACACUUUAUACAGUCUGCCAAAUGCUCCCACUCUUAUGGAUCUAGAAACUGAAUCAGAUGGAGAAGGAAUGGAUAACCAUCCAGAGAAACCACAUUUUGAUUACCGAAGCCGGAUAUUUGAGCUAGAUUCCUGCAGUGGAAAUGGAAAAGUGUGCCUUGUAUAUAAGAAAACACAACCAGGGGUGUUAGCUAAGCAAUGUGAAGUGUGGUUCCUAGAUAGAGCACUUUACUGGCAUUUCCUCACUGAUUCAUUUACAGCCUAUUAUCGAAUUAUGAUUACUCACUUGGGUCUACCAGAAUGGCAGUAUAGGUUCACAAGUUAUGGACCUGGACCAAGGGCAAAGCAGUGGUCAUGUCUCUACCAACCUCUAACAUCAAGUUGUGAAUUACAGACUGGAGGAUCAGCCCUAAACCAGUUUGACCCAAAUAAAGCAUUCCGAAGCAAAACAAAGCCACAAGUGUCAAAGAAGAAGCUCCCAACUCAGCAUAGUGGAGCUACACAAAAAACGACUGUGGCAUCCACUGUGGGAAGGAUCACAGGUUCCCGAAAGUAAUGCCUUAAUGUGCUGUUUUGGAGGGGAAUUGCUGUUCCUCUUUAAUCAUUAUAAACUCCUCAUAAUACUAACUGACUAACCAUUAUUUGAAUUAAUUACAAGUACUUAAACUCCUGGACUCUUUUUUUAAAGCUUGUAAUUUAUUUUUAUGUUUAUUUGCAUAUUUAUUAAAUUCAUCAGAAAAAAAGAGAAUGCUAUAAUGUUUAUCAUCAUUAUUCCAGGCCUUUCCAUAAUAUUUUUGUAGAAUUUAUUAUUUUACAAUUUUUGAAAAGAAAUGCUGUAAGAGCACAUUUACUGCUUUUAUUUGACGCUCUCUUCUGUGCCUUGUGCAUAUAGACUACUCCCCUGUACAACAUGUCAAAAAGUUAUU